CGAGAUGAGAUGGAUAAUUUCUGUGUUUCUUGCUUCUGCCACUAAGAAUAGAAUAGAAUAGAAUAAUAUUGAAUGAUAUGAAAUCCUUCCUUCUUCACGUCCUGUUGUCCUUCCCCCUUGUACCUUUUUGCCGUGGCAGUUGUUGGCUGGCAAGGUGAGCUGAGAAGGUUCCUUCCCUCCUCCUCCGUCUUCGCCGUCGUCGGGUCUCGUACCUCGCGCUGACAGUGAGGAAGCCAGCCCGUCUCUCCCAAAUUUAGUCUUGUUUCCGACAGGAAGGAAAUUCAUUUUGGACUUGGCGCAACACCUACAUGCUCUGUUUAGUUUUGACAGCUCAAAGUUCCCUCCUCUGUGUUUUCCGAACGACACAUGAAUGAUUGCUUCCCUGCAACAUCCUCCGGACCGACUCCUCUACUUAACCUCACAUCUUCUCCUGCAAAUGCAAAAUUAAAUUUGCAAAAUUAGGUUUACCUUCCUUAUUCCAUGCCUUUUCAGUUCUCCAAUUGCCCUCUCCCCUACCCUGUUUCGUAGCUCUCAGUUGCUUUUGGCUUCAUUUUUUCGGGGGUUAAAUUAGGGUUUUCGAAUCGUGUUUCCCGGCAAUGUCGCCUUCGGCAUUGUUCGCUACUGGACAACGAUAUUACUUAUUGUGGAAAUUAGGUUGAUUUCUUCGGUUCAGGUUUGGAUUUGGAAUGAUGUUAUCGAUGUCGCCGUCGUCCGUAGUCCGGAGUUCGCUGGAGGAAAUGUUGGAUUCUCUCCGACGAAGGGACGAGGAGGGCCAGCCGAGGGAUUUGCCCCCUGCAUUGCCGGCUCGGCCUACUUCCAGGGCCCGCCUUCCUGCUGCCAGGCGGUCGCUUCCGACCAACUUUGAGGUUGACACCGCCACGGCCUCUCCGACGAAUUCAUCUAAUCAAUCUGGCAAAAGUUGUCAGGUUAAACGACCUAGACGUGGUAGUUUUGGGGGCAAAAAGGACAGAGAAUUGCCCGGUGAAUCGCCAUAUGUUAUGCUGUCUGAAGAAAAGGAACAUGACGAGAGGUUUGAGGAAACAGGCGCUCCGAAUCUUGCUGCGGCGGAGGCGGCUGAGCCUUCUGUUUCUCUGCCAAGGUUUCGGGAAUCUGGGUGUGAUGAUAGUAUUGGUUAUUUUAUAAAGAAGAAACUUCGUGUUUGGUGUCGGCUUCCAAAUGGGGAGUUGGAAUUGGGACAGAUACAAUCAACUCUUAGGGAGAAAGCAACUGUUCUACUUUCGGAUGGAACUCUUGUGAAUGUGUCAACUGGAGAGCUCUUACCUGCAAAUCCAGAUAUCCUAGAGGGUGUGGAUGAUCUCAUACAGCUUAGUUAUUUGAAUGAGCCGUCGGUUCUUCAUAAUCUUCAGUAUAGAUAUUCUCAUGAUAUCAUUUAUGGUAAAGCAGGGCCUGUUUUAAUAGCGAUCAAUCCCUUCAAAGAUGUUCAGUGUUAUGGAAAUGAUUUUGUCACAGCUUAUAGGGAGAAGCUUUUUGACAACCCUCAUGUUUUUGCUAUAGCAGAUACUGCCUAUAAUGAAAUGAUGAGAGAUGGAGUAAAUCAAUCCAUUAUCAUCAGUGGGGAAAGUGGAUCGGGGAAAACGGAAACAGCAAAAAUUGCAAUGCAAUAUUUGGCUGCUUUUGGUGGGGGCAGCGGUGGGAUAGGAAGUGAAAUCCUCCAGACAAAUUGUAUAUUAGAAGCAUUUGGGAAUGCAGAAACAUCCAGAAAUGCCAACUCUAGUCGAUUUGGGAAGUUGAUUGAGGUUCAUUUUAGUGCAACAGGGAAAAUAUGUGGUGCUCAAAUCCAGACCUUUCUCCUUGAAAAGUCAAGAGUGGUACAGCUUGCUGAUGGAGAAAGGUCGUACCAUAUCUUUUAUCAACUGUGUGCUGGUGCUUCACCUGGCCUAAAAGAUAGACUGAAUCUGAGACCAGCAAGCGAGUUCACUUAUCUAGGUCAGAGUGGUUGCUCAGCAAUUGCUGAUGUUGAUGAUGCACAGAAAUUUCGUAGGCUUAUGGAUGCCUUGGAUACUGUUCGAAUUUGCAAAGAAGACCAAGAGCAUGCCUUUGAAAUGCUCUCUGCAGUGUUAUGGUUGGGAAACAUAACAUAUCAAGUAAUUGACAAUGAGAAUCAUGUUGAGGUAGUGGCUGAUGAAGCUGUGACCACUGCUGCUAGAUUGAUGGGUUGCAGUACCCAGGACCUCAUGUUAGCUUUGUCUACCCAUAGAAUCCGAGCUGGGAAGGAUAGUGUUGCCAAAAAGUUGACGUUGCAGCAGGCAAUUGAUGCACGAGAUGCUUUAGCAAAAUUCAUCUACUCAAGCUUGUUCGACUGGCUAGUUCAAGAAAUUAAUAAGUUGCUUGCAAAGGGGAAACAGCAUGGUGGGAGAUCAAUAACUAUACUAGACAUCUAUGGCUUUGAGUCAUUUAAGAAAAAUAGUUUUGAGCAAUUUUGCAUUAAUUAUGCAAAUGAGAGACUGCAGCAACAUUUCAAUCGGCAUAUGUUUAAACUUGAGCAGGAGGAGUAUGAAAUGGAUGGCAUUGAUUGGACGAAAGUGGACUUUGAAGAUAACCAAGAGUGUUUGGAACUCUUUGAGAAGAAACCUAUUGGGUUAAUUUCUUUGUUGGAUGAGGAAUCGAAUUUCCCCAAGGCCACUGAUUUGACCUUUGCCAGUAAGCUCAAGCAACACUUGAACAGUAAUCCUUGCUUUAAAGGAGAAAGAGGUGGAGCUUUUAGUAUUCACCAUUACGCCGGAGAAGUGUUGUAUGAUGCAAGUGGCUUCUUGGAGAAAAAUAAAGAUUCAUUGCACUCAGAUGCCAUCCAACUCCUUUCAUCAUGCCAUCACAGGCUUCCCCAGUUGUUUGCCUCCAGUAUCCAUAACCAAUUUUUUAAACCUUCUAUCUCUUCACCCCAAAUUGGUGUGUUAGAUCCUCAGAGGCAAAGCGUUGCCACAAAGUUCAAGGGUCAACUAUUCAAAUUAAUACAGCAGCUAGAGACAUCCAUGCCACAUUUUAUUCGUUGCAUAAAACCAAAUAGUAAGCACCUUCCUGGUAUUUUUGAGAAGGAUCUGGUCUUGGAGCAACUUAGGUGUUGUGGGGUUCUGGAGGUUGUCCGGAUCUCACGAUCUGGCUAUCCUACACGAGUGACACAUCAAGAUUUUGCUAGAAGGUAUGGAUUCCUUCUUGCGGAGGAUAAUGCAUGUCAAGAUCCACUAAGCAUAUCAGUUGCCAUUCUGCAACAAUUUGAUGUUCUUCCUGAUAUGUACCAAGUUGGUUAUACAAAAUUAUAUUUUAGAACAGGGCAGAUAGCUGCAUUAGAAGAUACAAGAAAACAAGUGCUGCAAGGCACACUACAGGUCCAGAAACGAUUUCGUGGUCAUCAGGCUCGUCGCCACUUCCAUGAACUCAAGAAAGGAGUAAUAACACUGCAAUCAUUUGUACGUGGUGAAAAUCAUAGAACAGAGUAUGGAUUAUUAAUAAAGUUGAAGGAGCAAACUGCUCGCAGAACACUUGAAGAGCAGCUCUCUGCAAUCAUCCAUUUACAAUCUGUAAUUCGAGGGUGGUUAGCUCGAAGCCAUUUUAAUUACCAGAAGAGAUUGAAGAAAUCAAUUCCUGAUAACACAAGGCAAAAGCCAGGGAGGAAAAGUGCAGAAGUUAAGGAGAUAUUGCAAGAAACCUUUCUUCCUUCAGUUCUAGAAGAGCUUCAGAGGCGUGUUUUAAAGGCAGAAGCUACCCUGGGGUUAAAGGAGCAAGAGAAUGCAGCAUUGAGGGAGAAACUGCAGCAAUAUGAGAAGCGAUGGUCAGAAUAUGAGGCAAAAAUGCGAUCCAUGGAGGAGAUGUGGCAGAAGCAAAUGGUAUCUUUACAAGUGAGUUUGGAUGCAGCCAGGAAGAGUCUUGCUGCCAGUGGUCAACCUGGAAGGCAAGAUGGUUCUCUGUCACCUUGCCAUUAUGAUUCUGAGGAUACAAUGUCCAUGGGAGCACAAACUCCCGGUGGAAACAUGCCCAUCAAGUUCUCUAAUACUGGGAGAGAUGUAGCUGGGCGAGAGAUUAAUGGUGGUUUGGAUGUUGUGUACCAUCUAGUGAACGAAUUUGAGCACCAGAAGCAGGAUUUUGAUAAUGAGGCCAAAUCCAUUAUAGAGGUCAAAUCAGGGCGACCAGAGGAAGAGCUUCAGAAGCUGAAACUCAAGUUUGUGAUAUGGAAGAGAGAUUACAAGUCUCGGUUACGGGAGAUUAAAACCAAACUUCACAAAAUUGGGCAUUCAGAACCAGAGAAAAGCCGUCGGAACUGGUGGGGAAAGAAAAUCAGAAGAGGGGGGUUGUAGUAUUUCCGUUUUUAGUUUAUAUAGUCAUGUAUAUUGAGGCAGUGGGAAAGAGAUUUCGCAAUACCUGUAGCAUUUAUAGGACCGAUCUUGUUCAUUUACACGUUUGGUGGAGAAGAGAGGGUGUGUAUUUUUGUAAACCAUCUCUUUUUGUUGCUUGGCCAAAGGAUUACGAGCGAGCUUGUGUACAGGAAAAAGGUGAGAUCUCGCCCGUCUCGUUCCACCUGAUGAGUAGUCCUAAAGGUCUUACCUGUUAAUAUAUUUAUGUGUGUGUCUCUUUUUGUAUUUGGUUGCUUAUUUUGUUUGACACAUUUUAAAGUUCAAUAAGUGAUUUGAUGCU